UGCUUUUCUCCCCACACACAGCUGCAACCCAGCAAAUAUGUACAGGCUGGAUGUAACGGAGACCUUUGCCGGCCUCAGCCUGCCUGGCCAUCUCCACACACAGGCGUCCCUGAACUUUGCCAGCACUUUCCAGUUCUGCAGCUCUGAUGUCCUCCUGGUUACCUACCCCAAAUCAGGUAAGGGCUGUGUGAGGCAGGGCAGUGGAGGGAAAAGCCCCUCAGAGGCUCACGGACCUCCCGCCCUCCUUUCUGUCUGCAGCAAAAGCAUUGGGCUGAAACAGGAACUUAGGGAGUUGCUUUAUUCUGUAUACAAAUGGCCAGCUUGAAACAUAGCUAGGUCACCCUUCUUCUUCCUUUUUAUUUUAAUUACCAUAUUUACUCAAAUCUAAUGCUCACCUUUAUUACGCUGCAAAAAUCGAGGGGUGCAUUAGAUUCGAUGGCACAUUAGACCUGAGUAAAUACGGUAGGGUUUAUUUAGGGGACGGCGCAUCAGAAUGCGGUGUUUUGCAAGAAACAACAGGUUAGGUACAGGCUAGAUAUGGGUUGCAGGUAACUGAUUGCAGGGUAAAUGAGAGAGUGUAUACAGCCUUGGUCAGACCACUGGUCUACUGAGCUGAUGGGGCCCUCCAGGGUUUCAGGCAGGGGCCUCUCUCUUCCAGGUCUAUCUGGAAAAGCUCUGGAUUGAGGCUAAGACAGGCUGCAUGCAAAGCAGAUGCUGUACCCCUGAGCCACAAAUACCUCUUAGCUGCAUAGGAAGCUGUAUUACACUGUCAGAGCUUGGUCUAUCUAGUCCAGUGUUGUCUUCUGUGACCGGUAGUGGCCCUCCAGGAUUUCAGUGAAGGUUCUUUCCCAGCCAUACCUGGAGAUGCUGGGGAUUGAAUCUGGGCCCUUCUGUUAAAGGACUCCUCUUCCUCUUCCAGAGCUGCAAUUCCCAGAGUGGUUUAACAACCAAUCCCUCUUCCAGGGAACUCCGGGAAUUGUAGCUCUGUGACGUAAACAAUUGGGAGAAUUGCCUCCUAGCGAUUUUUAGCACCCUUAAGAAACUUAACAUAACAGGACUCUUUGGGGGAAGCCAUGACUGUUUUAAGUGGCAUGAUUCUGUUUUAAAUGUGUGGGGCAAAUGUGUACUUAGUGUACAUUUCUCCUAACAUAUGUAUGCAAUUUUGCUUUACAUGAAGGCUUUUGCAAGCAAUUUCGCCCCCUCAUAGGCAUCUUUCUAUAUUAUUCUCAUUAGUAUAUGGAGUUUUAGGCACACUUUCACUUAUGUACUGUACACAGUUUUGUGUUAUUAUUUAUUGUACUCUUACCAAGUAACUCAAAGCAACCCACAUUAAAACCAAUUAAAAACAACAAUAAAAACCUAAAAACACAACAAUUCAAAUAAAAGACUAAAAACACAAACAAAAAGGCAGGACUACAAGCCCUACCCCAUGAAAAGAGGCCAUGGUAUCCUUCAAAUCAGAGGGCAAAAAUCCAGGGGAGAAAAUAAAAGUCUUUGUCCAGUGCCUAAAACAGUAUGAAGAUGGCACCAGGUGUACCUUUCUGGGGAGAGCAUUCCACAAACAGGGGGCCUCCACUGAAAAGGCCGGUUUGUGUGUUGUCACCCUCCAAGCCUCCUGUGAUGGGGGCACACAAAGAAGGGCCUCAGAUAAUGAUCGUAGGGUCCAGGUAAGUUCUUGUGGGGAGAGGAGGUUAUUGUGGACAUGAGCCACAUAAGGCUCAGCAUUUUGAACUGUACACUUUAUUUGCUUAGAAAACUGCACUGCAAAAUUGAGAAAAGGACAGAGUUCAAAAGAUACCUCUGUUUUCAUUUGCAUGCUGUUUGAGAUGUGCAGAUUAGAAAAGUUUGUGGUAAAAUGCAAACCAAACCAAAUGUCUCACCCAUCCUUAGAUAGUGUGAUAACUUUUUAAACAACCAGAAGCCUUCCUGUUAGGUAUUUUAGGUCAAGAUCUGCCAAAAGAGAAAAGGGCAUUAUUUAUGUAUGCUACUACAGCGGCGAGAAUUUUGAUAGCACAAAACUGGAAGACUGGAGAAAUUCCAACAAAGGAACAAUGGCAAGAGAAAUUGAUGAAUUAUGUGGAACUGGCAAAACUGAUGGAUAGACUAUGAGAAAAGGACAACAGUGACUUUGAAAAAGAGUGGGAACCUUUUAUAACAUAUUUGCAGAAACAAAGAAAAAACAUUGACUUGAUGACAGGAUUUAAAUAAACACUCACAUCUUUAUUGAUAGAGAACAUUUAAAAUAAUGAAGAAAUGAUACAGUGGAUUGUAAGAAACAGCAGUAUGCAAUAAGGGGGUAACAAACCAGAAAUUGAAGCUGAGGGAAGCCUGGGAGGGAAGGGGUGAAGAUGUGUAAUAUGUAUGUUACUGAUAUGAGAUGUUUGUAAUGACAGAAAAGAAAGUUUAAAAAAAAAUAUUUUUUUAAAAAAAAGAUAGUGUCAUAACUUUUGAGUGUGGGAGAUAGGUGGUGUCUAGUGAAAACCCAGGCAGUGCAAAGAGGAAGUCCAUCUCGAUUUUAAUCAUGGACAUCACCUGGCACACUGGGUUGCUCCAGGUUCGUAGCAGUGGGGUGGUCCCAGCAUCACACUUUGGCCUUCAAAGCUGCAUGGAACCAGUGGCCUAACCAGUGGCUCAGUUUUGCAACAGGAUGGUGACUCAAUCUGUAGUUCUCUAUCACCACCACCAAACCCUCAACAAACUUUUUGAUACUCAUACCUGCAGUGAAGGAUGUGGUGUCAGAAUGUGGCCACACCACUGUAUAAUUCAGCUUUGCUAAAAGGGUCCAGCAAAUUAAACAAAUUAAUCCUUUUCUGAUUGGUGUGGGGAGAAACGGGACAUGCUCAGCUCAUCUGUUUUUUCCUUUCUGGGAUGCCUCUUGUUUUAUCAUGGAGUCAAGAUUAUAGCAGUUUGUAAAGUGGAAGGCCAAGGGGCUCCUUAAGCUAAGAGAUCUUCCCCCCUAAAUGGCAGACAAGUUAGAGGGGAGAAACUGGAAAGUGCACUGAAAAAUGUGUACUUUAAUUGGAGGGGUAGGUGGGUUGCACUUCAUAUCCAGCUUGAAUACCGCUAGACAGAGGUGUAUGGAGUGUUAGGAGAGGGGUAUUACCUGUGGUGGGAGACAUGUCAUGCUCCUUUUGGGGUAGUUUGUCCACUUUUGAUACCCAUCCUGCACUCAGCACUGAACUGUGGCUCCUACAAGCUGUCAACAUGUGACAGUGGCCACAUCCCAGCAACAGCUUUGAUGACUGGCUAAACCAGGUGAGGGUAGCCGAUGGGUCUCAAGCCCUCAUUGUUCUAGGGACUUCCCCUGCAUGCAAAGACAGGCUCCGGCUGAUUGAGUGGACAAGACCAAUAGUGGGUCCAAUGGUCAAGAAGGUGGUUUCUGCACGUGCUGUAGAGGGAAGUGAGGGGCAGUUGGAGCUCAGCCUGGGAAAGUAGCCCAUCUUGGAGAAGGAAAGCAUGAGAGAUGAGGCAAUGUUCUGAUGACCAGAGGGUGGUAGUGGUUGCGGCUGGAAGUUGAAGGGACUGCAUGGAGUUAAGACUCACAGCAUCGAAGGCCUUCAGAUUCCUAAGCUGUCCCUUUGAUCUCUGUGCUAACCUACCCUUUGAAGUCAAAGUGAAAUGUGUCAAGUUACAUUGUCUUUCACUUCCACCUUCCCUCACACACUUUUCUCUGGACCUUGAGCCAACAGGUCAUCUCAGAUGUCUCUUCUGAGAACCAAGGGGCAAGUCUGGCUUCUUUGUUUCUCCAACUAAUUAGUGCUGUAGAACUCAAGAAUAUACUUCCCUUAAUAAACAUAAGCUUUCUUGUUUUAUAGUCCCAGUCUGAACGCCUUCCAUUUGAAGGUGUGCUCCAAAACAAGGAUUCCUUUCACUAAACUUCUGGUAUUGCAGCAAACUCCGUUGGCUGACACAAAAUUUGGUUACAAUAUCUGAAGCAGUAUCCAAAUGCGUGGCGAACGGACUGAUGAACUGCUUUCCAAAAUAUAUAGUAGAGACCACAGAAAUGAAUUUAACAAAUAGCAAAAUAAAAGAAAUUCUUUACCCUCUCCAUAUCUGUGUUGAGCCUCAACAGUCUCUGCUGGACUGGUACCAAUGAUGAGAAGCUGAAGCAGAACCGCAUCUGGUAAUAAUGACAAUGAGGCCACGGACUCACUGAGAGACAAGUGGGGAGCAGUCGGCCCAAGAGUUUUCCAGUAUCUGGAUUAGAGACUCAAGGAAGCCUUUCAUUUGUGCCAAUGGGAGUUUCCACUGAAAUGCAAUAGCAGCUUUAGAAGCACUUAUUUUUGUUGUGGAGCUUGGCAGAGAGAGAAAGAGAGAUGGCUGCAUAAACACCAUACCUCUAAAGCAUAUUCCCACACUGCCCAAAAAAUCCUUGUAACUGUAAGGGUAGACUACAGUUCCCAGAAUUCGUUCGUGUGUGUGUGUUGUGUGUUUUAAAUGUUUGUUAUGUAUGCAGAGAGAGAGAGAGAGAGAGAGAGAGAGAGAGAGAGAGAGAGAGAGAGAGAAUGUGUUCAACUCUCCUCCCCUCCUCCCAAAAUGUCUGCCAACGAGUUUCCAUACCAGAAACAACUGUAGACAUAUAACAAUUUAUUCAUAAUUGUUGGAUUUUCUACAGCAAGGGAACAUCUGGAUUAAAUGUAUAAAAAGUAAGGGUUGGCAUUUUGAUGAUGAUGACGACUUGUGAACAUUGCCAAAAACAACAACAACAACAAAACUGAACCAAUGCCACAGCAAACUCCCAUCUGGACCUGCCCCCAGUCUAUAAGAAAUGUCUAACUCAUGCUUUUAUUCAUCAAAUGAAUAAGCUAACACAGGCUGCAUGCACACCAUACAUUUAAAGCACAAGAUCUUCCCUCUAAAGAAUUCUGGAACUAUAAUUUACCCCCGCAGAGCUACAAUUUCCAGCACCCUUAACAAACUACAGGUCCCAGGAUCCUUUGGAGGAAGUCAUGUGCUUUAAAUGUGUGGAGUGUGCACAUUCACAGUUUAUCUCAUCCAUACAAUACAGUUAAAGCACAUUUAAAGGGCAUAGCUUCCUCCCAAUAAUAUUGGGAAAUGCAGUUUUUAAGGGUGCUGGGAACUGUUAUUCUGUGAGGAAUGAAACUACAGGUCCCAGGAUCCUUUGGUGGAACUCAUUUGCUUUAAAUGUACUUCACAUGUAUAGUGUGGAUGUGACCAAAGGUGGACCAAAGACUGCCUUCGAUAGUCUGUAACCUUAUUACACCUAUAUGAAUAAGCCUUCUUCCUUGCAACAGAAACAAUUGCAGUCCUUAUAUUUAACAAGCCUGCCAUUAAUGAGGUUGUCCCUGGAGGUCAUGCAGUGGUUGGAGGUCAGAGGCCUUCCCCUGCUGAUGUUCUUGUCCUCCCCUCUAGGCACCACCUGGAUGCAGGAGAUCCUGACCUUAAUCUACAGCAAAGGAGACCCUCAGCCUGCCAAGAACAUCCCCAACUGGACCCGGAACCCAUGGCUGGAGCACACUUACUUCUCAGAGAUUCUCCGGGAGACAGAAGGACCUCACCUCCUCACCACCCAUUUGCCCUACCGUGUGUUAUCAGCUUCUCUGAGGAAAGCUAAGCCCAAGGUAUGUGCAAGGAGAUCCCAUACUUGGCCAUAUAGGGCUGGCUCUACCGUAAGGUAACUGUCUCAGGCGGCAGAUGUCCGGGGGUGGCAGCAGUAGCAGCAGCAGCCUUCAUGGCUGUUUCCUCCUGAGCCCCUUGGCCAUUCCCUUCUGUUGGAACAUAAGCAGCUGCCUUAUUUCAAGGCAGACUAUUGUUCCAUCUGGCUCAGUGUUGGCUGCGUCAGGCAUGGGGAAGCUCAGGCCUCUCUAACUGGCCCCUGGGUCCCUCCCCGCAGCACACCAGUUCUCCCUAAGCCACACCCCCUCACUGGCCCUGCUGCACACCCUCGUUGGGUGUUUUUGCUCAGCAGGAAUAUAUCCUUGAACUCUUGCUUGGCUGGAUAGAGAACAGAGAAGGGAGCGAGAAUGUAUGUGGAAACUAUGCUACUGUUCAAAGGUAAACUUGCACCCCUUUGCCCCACCCACUUUUGCCUCUUGCCAUGCCCACCACUGGCAUGUGGCCCCCCAGAAAUCUCCCCAGAAGGGAAUGCGACCCUUGAGCCCAAAAGGGGUUCCCCACCCCAAGUCAUUAACACUUGGACUGCCAGCAGCUCUCCAAGAUUUCCCACCAGGCAUUUUAACUUAAGGAAACUUAUUGGCAACCAGCAGCCCUCUCAAAAAGAUAAGAAGAAAGAUGGAUUUGGCACUAUGGUCUCGAUUCAUGUCGUUUAUUAACAACAGUACAGUGGGAUUCCUUCUGUCUCAGUCACAGCAGCCACUAUGGAGAAAUUAUCUUCACACUUUAGAUUGAAGAAUACACUGUGGAUGUGAGUUUAAUCUGUAAUGUAAAACAUUUUUCAAGUCUGUUUUGAUGUCAUGUGGAUGACUGCAUACAAGACUUAACAUGUGUACAUGUAUUUGUCCUGGAAGACAACACUUUUUUGUAUUUUAUUUUAUUUUUUACAAAUUUCAUUAAAGUUUGUAAAAGGGAGGGGAAUAAGAAUAUAGGAAGAGCCUUGCCCGCUUAGGUUGCAUGCACACCAUACAUUUAAAGGACACUUCCUCCGAAUAAUCCUGAGAGCUGUAGUUUGUUAAGGGUGCUGGGAAUUUUAAUUCUAUGCAGAGUAAGCUACAGUUUAUCCUGGAAAUGUGCUUUAAACACUAUGGUUUGUAUGCAGCCUUAGAUGGCUUUAAAAUUUGGAGUUAGACAACUUCAAGGGGGAUAAGGCUAUCCGUGGCUACUAUUAGUCAUGAUGGCUCUAUGCAGUCUCUAGAUUCAUAUAUUGUAUGCCUCUGGGCACCAGUUCCUGGGGAACAACCGCCGCAGGAGGGUCUUGUUUGUGGGCUUCCCAGAGGCACUGAGGUGGCCAUUGUGGGGCUGGUUGGGUGGCUCUUGUUAUGGAGGGGAAGGAAAAUGGAGGGGUGCUUUUCAUCCUUUCCACCUGGGCUGUGUCGUGUUGACCUACAUGGCGUGUGCCCUCUGCCUCUUCAUUUGCUCCAGCAGGUGAUCCACCUAACCAGAAACCCCAAAGAUGUUGCUGUGUCCUUCUAUCACUUCUGCAGGAUGGCCAAAUUCUUCCCUGACCCUGGCACCUUUGAUGAGUUCCUCCUCAGCUUCUUGGAUGGCACAGGUGUGUGAGUCAGGUGGGGCAUCUCUGCGUCACAGGUGUCAUUUGGGCUGCCUGCCUAACAAUGCCUUAACUAUCAUGGCUUCAAUCACACACACACCCCAGAGCCACCUGGGAAUAUGUAGUUUUGAGAUGGUACAGAUACUUCUACCUAAUAGAGGAAGGGCCAAAGUUCAGUGGUGAAAGGUCCUGGGUUCAAUUCACAGCACCUCCAGAAGAGACGCAUGUCUGAAACCCCAGAGAGCCUGUCAGUGUAGCGCAGGGGUGGGGAACCUUUUUCUGUCUGAGAGGCACAUUCCCUUUGGGUAACCUUCCAGGGGCCUGAGCACAAGAGCCCUCUCCCUUCCUGUGUGCUUUCCAGCAACUGAUAUUUCAGAAGCAUUACUGCCUCUGACUGUGGAGAGCCAUAUUCUCUAUGAAUGUGUCGAGUCCUCUUUCAAAGCCAUCCACCACUGCCCACUUUGAGAGCGAGAUCCAUAGUUUAAUGCGCUGCGUGAAGAAGUCCUUUCUUUUGUCUGUUCCGAAUCUCCAAACAUUCAGCUUCAUUGGACAUCCAUGAUCUCUAGCAUUGAGAGAGAGGGAGGAAAACAUUUUCUCUAUCCACUUUCUCUGUGCUCUGCAUAAUUUUAUAAACUUCAGAUCUUGCUCAUCUGUUCUCUAAGCUAGUUGCUGGGUCAUUUCUCUUGGCAGCAACACUGUGCCCGGGGUGUUUCCUAGGGCAGCUGGGUGCGCUGCAAGACACAGAGUGUCAUGGAGACCCCAGUCACCUUAAGUUGCAGAGGGCCCUAUGCACAGUGUACUGGGCCCUGGAAGACCUGUUAGCAUCCCAUUCCUCAGAGUAAGCAAAAGGCAGAGUUUGUAUUUCCCACCUCUGGAAUCUGGCCUGAUUUUGAAAUUGUACCUUUAAAUUAGCAUAUACAAAUUUUAUGUGCAAAUUUGCACUGUGGGCCUGUGCCCUGGCGUCAUUUAAAUACCCAGCAGCACUGAGGGCUGGACCCAUAAUGAUGCUACCUGCAGCAACAGAAAUUCAGUUCCCUACAGUGUCAUCAUUGCUGCUAAAAAGCCAUGAGGAAACUCAUAAAAGCUGAGAUUUAAGGUCACAAUAACACAGUAAAAGAACAUAUAACUUCUCUCCCUGUGUGCUAUCUGGGAUCUUUGCUGCUAACAAUAGUGCCUGUUUGUAAACCUUACAUUUGCUCGCAUUUUGAUUUUACUCUGGGAUCUAUAGUGCUACCAGUACAAUCUUAGUACUACUACAACUUACUGCUUCUAUUUGGAAUUUCUAGUACCACUAGAAGUGUCAUAUUAUUACUACAAUCUGGGAUCCCUACUGCUACCAGUAGUGUCUUUUUCUCUUUGAAAUCCAGUUUGUUUGUUUUUUGAAAAAUAAAUAAAAAUAAAACAUUUUGGGGGCAGUCUGGCCUCCAUUUUAAAACAAUUUAAAAUAGUAAUUGAAAUUCUUACACAAAUAUGAAACCAUAAUAAGCAGUUGUUUGAUUUCUGCCCUCUGAGGUUUGUACUGAGGUUUCAGGAGGGUCACUCUAAGGGAAUGUAGCUUCUUAAAUUUCCAGCUGUGUUAGCUUGGAUACCUUCCCGAACUUCUGCCCUUUUAAUAUGAGCUUAUGAAACACUUUUCUAGCAAACACCCACAGGACAGCAGAGGUCAGGUUUCCCUUUUGAUCCUAGCAAAGUUCACUGCAGUUUGCAAAGCCUUGGAGCUGUGUGAUUUUAGUCAUUGCAAAGUGGCAGUUCUGAAAAGCAGAACCACUAAAUAAACCCAGCUUCUAACUUGCUUGAACUGGUAGUUAUUGAGACCACCUUUAUUUAAUCAGAAAUCCAGUUGAGACAGCUUGCUGUGAAACAGAAUGGGAAGGAUCCUUGCACCUAUGGAACUUCUGCCUGUCAUACUACUAAUGUUAAAGGCACAGUACACUUUCUAUUCUAUUCUAUUCUAUUCUAUUCUAUUCAAGUGGCAACUCCAACUGUGCCAGAUCACUGGUUUUGAUUCUUCCUAUUUUAGAUGGGGAGUCUGUUCCCUGCAUUACUAGGGGAGAUUUUUUUUUAAAAAAAGAUAUUUAUUAAGAGUUUACAAAUUACAUCCAGAGGUACUUUAAACAAUUAUAUACACAAGGGCCACAGAAAGAAAUGGAUAUAGAUCGAUUUUUGAAGAUAAAUGGACUACAAAAAAUCUCUCAAGAAAACAAACUAAUGUUGAACUAUAAAAUAUCUGAACAGGAAGUAGAAGGUGCCAUUCAAAACAUGCAACUAGGCAAAUCUCCAGGACCGGAUGGGCUGACUUCUAGAUACUAUAGAUCCUUGAAAGAGUGGUUAGUACAACCUUUAAAGGAAGUCUGCAAUGAAAUAUUGGACGGGAAAAGGGCACCAGAGUCGUGGAAAGAAGCGUAUAUUACCCUUAUACCGAAAACAGAGACUGAAAAGACUCAGCUUAAGAACUACCGCCCCAUAUCAUUACUUAAUGUGGAUUACAAAAUUUUUGCAGAUACUCUGGCCAAGAGAUUGAAAAAAGUGUUGAUGGAAGAAAUUCAUAAAGACCAAGCGGGCUUUCUCCCGGGAAGACACUUGUCUGACAAUUUGAGGAAUAUAAUUAAUAUUUUGGAAAAAUUAGAAGUGAACAUAAAUACUAAAGCUGUUUUGAUAUUUGUGGACGCGGAGAAAGCUUUUGAUAAUAUCUCUUGGAGCUUUAUGAAGAAGAACCUACAGGGGAUGGGGGUAGGCCAAGGCUUUGAAAACAGUAUAAGUGCAAUUUAUUCAGAACAAAAGGCUAAACUAAUUGUAAAUAAUGUGGUGACGGAAGAAUUUAAGAUAGAAAAAGGGACACGACAAGGUUGCCCAAUCUCCCCAUUGCUUUUUAUAUUGGUCCUGGAGGUUUUGCUGAAUAUGAUUAGAAGGGACCAGUUGGUUAAAGGUAUACAAGUCGGAGCCAAACAGUACAAAUUGAGAGCAUUUGCAGAUGACUUAGUAUUGACGUUACAGGAGCCAGAAUCUAGUACCAAAAGGGUUUUAGAACUGAUUCAAGAAUUUGGUCAGGUUGCAGGAUUUAAACUGAAUAAGUUAAAAACUAAGGUUUUAGAGAAAAAUUUAACACCGAUUGAGAGAGAGAGGUUUCAGAAUGAGACAGGCUUAACAGUGGUUAAGAAAGUGAAAUACCUGGGGAUUAACAUGACAGCAAAAAUGGGAAUUUAUUUAAAGACAACUAUGAAAAAUGCUGGGCCAAGUGAAAAAGAUUUAGAAAUUUGGUCAAAUUUGAAGCUUUCACUGCUGGGUCGUAUUGCUGCGAUAAAAAUGAAUGUAUUGCCUAGAAUGUUGUUUUUGUUUCAAACAUUGCAAAUUGUGGACAAAAUGGACUGUUUCAAGAAGUGGCAGAGAGAUAUUUCUAGAUUUGUCUGGCAGGGCAAGAAGCCUAGAAUAAAAUUUAAAAUACUAACAGAUGCAAAGGAAAGAGGUGGAUUUGCCCUGCCAGACCUUAAACUUUACUAUGAAUCAGCAACUUUUUGCUGGUUGAAAGAAUGGCUGCUUCUUGAAAACACAGACAUUUUGGAUUUAGAAGGUUUUAAUAAUGUAUUUGGAUGGCAUGCAUAUCUGUGGUAUGAUAAGAUCAAAGCACAUAAAGCAUUUAAGAACCAUAUUGUCAGGAAAGCAUUGUUUAAUGUCUGGAUAAGAUAUAAGGAUUUAUUGGAAAAUAAAACCCCAAGGUGGCUGUCACCGAUGGAAGCGAAAGCAUUGAAAAAGCUCAGUAUGGAGGCCAAAUGGCCAAAAUAUUGGGAAAUUCUGGAACAAGAGGGAGACAGAUUGAAACUGCAGAGUUUUGAGAAACUAAAAACAAAGUGCGAGGUUGGCUUCAUUAUUAUCAGAUAAUGGAGGCAUAUAAUUCGGAUAAGAAAAUUGGCUUCCAGGUGGAAAAAUCAAAAUUAGAAACAGAACUGUUAGAACCCAAAACUAAGACUUUAUCGAGGAUGUAUAACUUGAUGUUGAAAUGGAAUACUCAGGAUGAAACGGUGAAAUCCGCUAUGAUUAAAUGGGCACAAGAUGUUGGACAUAACAUAAUGAUGGCUGACUGGGAACAGUUAUGGACCACAGGUAUAAAGUUUACGGCAUGUAAUGCCUUAAGAGAGAAUAUUAUGAAAAUGAUUUACAGGUGGUACAUGACACCUGUCAAGCUUGCAAAAAUCUAUCAUUUGCCCGAUAAUAAAUGUUGGAAAUGUAAAGAAACUGAAGGUACAUUCUUUCACCUUUGGUGGACGUGCCCAAGGAUUAAGGCUUUCUGGGAGAUGAUCUAUAAUGAAUUGAAAAAGUAUUUAAAUAUACCUUCUUGAAGAAACCAGAGGCCUUUCUCCUGGGCAUAGUCGGCCAAUUGGUGCCAAAGAAGGAUAGAACUUUUUUUAUGUAUGCCACAACAGCAGCAAGAAUACUCAUUGCAAAGUAUUGGAAGACACAAGAUCUACCCACUCUGGAAGAAUGGCAGACGAAGGUGAUUGACAACAUGGAACUGGCGAAAAUGACUGGCAGAAUCCGAGACCAGGGAGAAGAGUUGGUGGAAGAAGAUUGGAAGAAAUUUAAAGACUAUUUACAGAAAUAUUGUAAAAUUAAUGAAUGUUAGAAUGAUGUUGGAUAGAAAUUAAAUGGUUUUUAGCUGAAAUAUUAUUUUAAGAUUAAAGAUUAGGAUAAACAAAGAGGGGAAGGAUUUGCUGAACCAACAAACUGAACUGGAAUACAAAAAAGGGAGGCGUGAGGAGGUCCGGGAAACAAGCUAAUGAAAAAUAAGUAAUGGAAAGAUUGACUUGUUUUUAACUAUUUUUAUUUUGUAUUUUUCUUUUUUCUAUUUUUAUUUUGUAAUAUUUUGAAAACCUUAAUAAAUAUCUUAUAAAAAAAAAGAGUUUACAAAUUACAGAAUAAGAGAACAGAAAAAGAAAUUUUUUGUUGAUUCAGAGCAACAUUGCACACUUUGCUAUUUACCUUUGCUUAAAUGAGCCAGAGCCACUGGAUGGAUUAACCACAUUCUGAAAUCUCAGCAAAGGGCAUGAGGGUGGAAUGGACCCUGCCCUCCAGGGAGACCUGUAGACUGGCUGGCUGGCAUUAUUGCAGGGGUGGAAAACAUCAGACCCAGAGCCUCUCUAUGUGGCCCUUGGAACUCUCCCCAGUCAAACACACCCCGCACCAGUCCCAGAGUGUUUUUGCUGGGCUGGAAUGUGUCCUUGAAUUCUGAUCAUGCCACUUGCUUUUGUGGAUGGAGGUUAGAGCGUUGUGUGUUGAAAGUAGCCUACUCUGUAUAAAGGUAACAUUUACAGUCAUUACCUUAACCACUUUUGCAUCUGGUCCUGCCACUGCUGCCAUGUGGCCCUCGGAAGGUCGCCCCAGACUGAGAAAGAUUAAUGCAAUGUUGAAGGCAAAGACACUGCUUUCCCCCUCUGACCCAUCUCUUCUGUCCUGUCCCACACAGUGCACUACGGCUCCUGGUUUGAACACACCAGAGGCUGGCUCAGCUGCAAGGAGGAGUUGGAUGUUUUCUACAUCACCUACGAGGAACUACAUCAGGUGAUUUCCCCUAGCCCAGGGGUCAGCAAACUUUUUCAGCAGGGGCCGAUCCACUGUCCCUCAGACCUUGUUGGGGGCCGGAAUAUAUGGGGGGGGGGAUGAACAAAUUCCUAUGCCCGACACAUAACCCAGAGAUGCAUUUUAAAUAAAAGCACACAUUCUACUCAUGUAAAAACACGCUGAUUCCCGGACCACCUGCGGGCCGGAUUUAGAAGGCAAUCGGGCCAGAUCUGGCCCCCGGGCCUUAGUUUGCCUACCCAUGCCCUAGCCCCCCCCCAUGAUAUGGGUGGUUAAGUUGAUGCAGCCUUGUCUGUGGGCCUUUUGUUUGGAGAGCAGGUGGGAAGUCUUGGUUUGGGAGGGUGGGUGUGAGCAAUUGCCCUGGAGUGACAGGUUCAUGCAGGCAGCUCAGGGAACAGGUUGGAUGGUGAUGCUUGAGGACGGGCUGCAGAUUAGCAGCAGAGACCCUGCUUUGCAUGCAGAAGACUCCAGGUUCAAUCCGUGGCGUUUCCAGGUGGGGCUGAGGAAGGCCCAUCUGAAACUCUGGAGAGUCUCUGCUAAUCAAUGUAUAGACAGUAUCAGGGAGCUACAUUCCCUGUAUUGUUUUGCCAUAGCUUAGCAGCAGAGCUCCUGCCUUUCAUGCAGAAGGCCCCUGGUUCAAUCCCCGGCCUCUCUAGGUAGGGUUGAGAGAGAUCCUUGCCUGAAACCCUUGAGUGCUGUUCCCAGUAAGUGUAGACAAUACUGAGCUAGGUGGGCCAAUGGUCUAACUAGGUAUAAGCUUCCUCUGUUCCCUUUUCUAGCUUUUAAAAAAACACCAACUUUGCAGAGUAGCUGGACAUGCUGCAAAGCUCAGUGCCAGUGAGAUCCUGGGCACCUACCCAUCUUGAUUUGCCCGGGGACAAAUGAGUGUCCCAGGCCUGCACCUUGAGUGUUUUAUGUGUCUCUCAACAGCUGGAUGUAGCCUGUAAGGUCCAGCUUCUUCCCUCUACUCACUUCUGUGAUCCCAGGGUAAGGAUAAGAGAUAAAUUCAAUUCAGUUUGCACGUUCUGAAACAAUAUGCAAACUGAAGCAGCAAUCUUUUGUAAUCCGCACUUCUCUGAAUUUUGCAGCGCAGUUCUCAAGACAAGGAAGGUCCACAAAAAUGCACCAACCUGAGUAAAGCUUACAUUAAAAUGAUUACAUUACUGAAAAGGACAUGCAUUAUAUUAAGAGAAAGCCGCUUUGCAAAAAUGUUUAUAUUAGGCAAAAUUGCAUAGAAACGUGUUUGUAUUGGGAUUCACAGCUAAAAUGCCGGUGAAUUUUCAUUCUUAAAAUAUAAAUCUCACACUAAUGCAGAAAUGCACAGAACUGAACUUAAGAUUGGGAAAAAUGAGAAACUAAAAUGGAUUUCCUUGCCUGCCCUUUCCCCAGGAUCUGGAAGGCUCUGUGGAGCGACUGAGCGCCUUUCUUGACUGCCCUUUGCAACCAGGCCAGAUGGCUUCCAUCCAAAAGCAUUGUAGUUUUGCUUCCAUGAGAAACAACACCAUGGUGAAUGGUACACUCGUCCCUCAUGAGAUCAUGGAUCCAACCAAGAGCCAGUUCAUGCGGAAAGGUGGGUGGGGAGACAAGGAGGGCUGGGCGAGUGGGAACUUCUGCAGCAAAGCUGCUGCUCCCUGCUCUGUGCUCCUUCAAAACAAACCCAGUAUUAGUUUGCUGCAGUCUGUGGCAGAGUUUCUCCUGCAUGUUCCAUCUCAGAAGCCUGCUCUGCCGUAACUCAGAGCAAGGCUGCUAGUGUGGCUGCCCCUGUUCUGCAGAGCACCAUUCCUGUCGAGAUAAAACAGGCAUCCACUAUCUGCAUUUCCCACACUCCUCAGUCACUAAUUGCUGCCUCUGGCCAGAUGUUGCUGGACAAGGUGAUGUCUGCUGUGCUCUGACCCAGCCAGACAAUGCCUUUGUGUUCUUCUUAGGUAUUGUUGGAGACUGGAAGAACCACUUUUCCCCACUGCAGAUUGAGAGGUUCAACAAGAAGUACCAGCAGGAAAUGGGAGACUGCUGCCCGUGUUUCAUGGACUGAUGGCAACAUGAUCCAGGAGCCAAGGGAUUAUAGCCAGCUGGGGAUUCCCACUGUGUUCAAAGAACCAAAUCCUACAGACCAAUGGUGGGUGUAUGGGGACCAGCUUGCCAGAAAAGGGCAGCCACUGGACAAAGGCUCUGCAGGGACCUUUCCCAUGCCAGAUGAAAUGUGAACGAGCUCCGAUUCAAGGUCGUCACCCACAUAGACAGAAGCUGUCUACCUCCCAUAACCUGGUGUCUACCUUCUGUAACCUAGUGUCCUCCAGAUGUUUUGGACCAGAACCCCAAUCAACAUCAGCCAAGUUGACCAUUGAUGUUGAUGAGAGUUGUAGUCUGAAACACCUGGAGGGCCCUCACCAGCAAUGAAGAUCUUUUGCCUGAGAUUCCUGUUACCUGAGGUCCUUUAACCAGAGAUGGAUGAGAUUGAAAUGGGGAUCUUCUUCAGAGAAGCCACAUUCUCUGCCAAUGAGCAGGGGGUGGUUGGGAAGGCUCUGUGGGGAGUAAAUUGCCAGCUUACCACUCUGUCAGGGGUGGGAAACCUGAUCCAGGCCCUCUGUAUGCUGUUGGACUCCAGUUCCUAUCAGUCCCAGCCAGGGCGGCCAGUGCUCAGCAGUCUCUUAAGUAGUCAGCUGCCUGUACCCAGGACUCAAUAAAAUGUUUUAUCAGUACCAUCUUGUGUGUAUACUAAACAUUGCUGGAACUCACAGAAGUAGCAAAGUGUGCUUCAUCAGUUUUGUAUUACUUACCCAACAGCAACAGCACAUCCGUUAAACAUCCAAACCUAAAAAUCCAGAAUGGCUGCUGGCUGAGGCUGAUGGGAAUUGUAGUCCAAAGCUUCUGGAGGGCAGCAGGUUAGGGCAAGGUGGCCAUUUCUCUCUCUUUCACACACAUGGACCAGACAUAGUUCUGUGGUGCUCUGAUACCCAAGUGGGGACCCCAUGUACACAGGAGUGAGUUAUAUUCUGACACACUGAAUUAACUCCCUGUCAUUUUUAUAAUGGUUUUCCUGUAUUGUAUUUGCAUUUUCUGCCACCACAUUUUAUAAUUUGCCACCCUGGAAAUGUUGUUGAGUGAGGGAGAGAAAUCCAUUAGCAGUUUUUAUGAGGCUGUAGAAGACCUCACAUGAGCUAUAGUGUCAGGAGACUGAGUGAACUCUGCUGCUUAGGGGCCAGGAAGUGAAAGGCUCAGUUGGGUUCUACAGAGUGUUCCAACAGCCACCCCCCACCUACAAAUGCAACAUCACUCAAAAUUGUUCUUGGGCAAUAUUGUAUUCUAAAGGGGAAGAAUAUAUGGAAAGGAAUGAAAAACAGCAGCACAGAGGAGAUUGCCAAUGGCAUUUUCUCAACCUGCUGUUGCCUUCCACAGCCCACUGACAUGCUGCCAUCCAGAAGUUGAGAUUUCCUCCCCCACCCGCAUGUCAGGAAAAGCUUCACCAUGUCAAAUCCUGCACAAUAGGCUUCUGUCAAGGCAGAGGAACAGGGCCAGAAAAUUAUGCUGGCAAUUCUCCCUCCAUCCCCCAAACUACUGGCAUGGGGGAGGGGGGAGCAACCCAAGGGCCUUUGACAGUGCUAGCAGAAAAUAAAAAUUAGGAGGCAGAAUCCAAAAGUUAUUUCAAAAAUCUUUAUUUUUAUUUAAUCAUUUUAAAUUAUAACUUAAUAAUUUUUCUCCAAGGAACACAACACUUACAGAUCAGAAAGGAAAGGGGGAGGGUGGAGAGAGAGAAAGGAUUGUUACUUACACACAGAACUCCAAGCCACAAAAGGAUUUUUAAAAGGCUCGGAAAACAAUAAAACAGAGGGGGAUAGUUUUAGAGAGAGGUUUGGGUUUACAAAGUAGAUUUGGAUCAUUUCAUGCUGUUUUUCUUUUCUUUACAUAAAAAAACAAUAAUACUCUCAAUAUGGCUAUUUUAAGCAAAUCAGAUACAAACAUGCUAUUUCGCAUAAUCGCUGUUGCACAACAGCUACAGAGUGGGAGAGAAUCCCACACACACACAUAGAGAGAGAGGGUAGGAAUAUUGCAGGUGAAAGGAGGAAAACAAAUAGAGGGCUCUUGGCAUCCCAUCACGAACACAGCUAGUUUUCUGAACAGAAGCCCUGCCUGAGAUCUUAGUCCAAUUUUGUUGCAGCAGAAAAAAAUUCUGUAACAAGUUUGCCCCAAUACCCCACCCGCCACCGGCCUUUUUGCAAAAAAAAUAGAAAUAAACAAUGCCUACUAG